AUGGAUAUUUUAAAGGUCUCACGCAAACAUGGAUUAUCCAAGGGGUUUUCAAGGACAUUCGAUGAUGCAUUGUUUUUAGAUGAUGAAAUUGAUAAAAGGCUGGUAACAGCGGUCCUAGAGGAGAAGAAAGAAACAACAUGGGAUAAAAAACUUGCUGAAGAUCCUGAUUGGAUAUUCAAAAGAGUAAAGCGUGUUGUGCCGCCUCCUAAAGAUCUCUACCCUAUGGUGAAAAAACCGUUUGAAACUUAUAGACCAUUGCGCUGUGCUCGAACCAGACGACCAUUAUUUGAUUUUGAAAAUUGGAAGCAAGCAAAAAAUGUGCUCACUGCCAUUCAUCUGGGCCACGUAUCUGACCUACCUGGUAUCCCCUUCUAUUUUGUCCGUGGCUAA